AUGGAGGAGUCAAACAGCAAAAGCAGUCGCAGUAGCGCUUCCAUAAUCCCGGUGUCCGCCUUCCAUCCGACACCGCUCUCAAGGACCAAAUCAUGGAGAGCGGCAGUGCUUUCAAAGAUAGGGACAUCCACGGGGACGGGGAAGGGAUCCAUGGAGACUGAACUUGAAGCUGCAAAGCUACAGAGGGCUACGAUUAGACUGGAGAGUGUCACGCAGGCACUCCGUCUAGCCGUGACUGGGAAGGAGGAGCUCGAUCCACUGCGACAAAAGUCGUGGUUAUGGUACCUCAAGCACCUGCAAUCGAAACUCAUUCCACUCUGGGAUAGUCUGAUAGUUGCGACUCUUGCAGGGGUAGAACCAUGUCAAAGAUACGACGACAUUUCCGCCAUGACAGAAGUGCGCCAACUAGUCGGAGAGGUUGCUGGGAGCUUGUUCGGUUACGGGGAGAUAACACUUGGUGAUGUUACGGAUCGUCUAAGGAGUGCCACCAAACGGGAUUUGGACAAGAAUGGCGGUACCUGGUCUUUGUUGCGUGACACUCAUGGAGACUUACCUACUCACCUUGCUUUCCAAGUGACUGGGUGGCUGACUGGCCUCUGGGACCCCUUGCCGGACGUGGCCACCCCGUCCUUUCGGCUGACAGGACGCCUUCCACCGCGGCGGCGAGCUGGCAUCCGCCCAGAUCCGAUUAUUCGCAAUACCAACCUUCCGAUCGAAAAAUGGCAAAACCAGCCUCUGCAUCGUGUUGCAGGCAGGUUUGGGAAACUAUUCCCCAGCCCAGGUCUCUCCAUCCAGGACGACACGCUUGGAAGCCGAGACGUCGAAUCUGCAUGCGUUACAGCGGCGUAUAUCUCAUGGCACAGUCUGAAGGAUAUCGUGGGCGUGACCCUCCAAUGGACGGCGACUUUGGGUCAGCACCUGGAGUACAACCAGCAGGAGAAAAAGCUUUAUGUCUUCAAGCAUCCAUCAAUCUGCCUGUUGCUUUGCCGGGACGAACCACAAACACUCCUCUCCGAUGUCUUCAUACAGCAACAGCGGGAGCAUGCAUCAAGCCAACCACUCGGUGUACUCCAAGGAGUAGAGUUUGAAGGGUAUCUCGCGGAAGUUUUGCUUUCGUACCAAUUGAUCUUUGCACGGAAUUCUGCGUCAAGGAAAAGCAUCAGGCGAAGACUUGCUGAGAUUGGAGAAGAGUGUGACCCUCUUUUGAAGACAUUAUGCACGGCAACCAAGGACAACCAGGACGUGGAGCUGCUAUAUGCACAACUCCAUGCAGAGCCGGCAGAAAAUUACGUGCCAAUUGCCGACUUCCCCUUCCUGGCGAAGAAGCUCAUUCAGCUACAGAAGCUGAGUAUGGGUCGCAAUCCUCAUUCUUUCCGAAGACUGUGGAGGGAUCGUCGCAAUCUACUGGCUUGGUUUGCACUCUGGGCUGUGCUAAUCAUCACUGCGCUGACCCUUGUUUUUCAGAUGUUGCAGCUUGUCUUUCAAAUCUGGUCGCCAGCGUGA